AUGCUGCAGCUCCUGCUACUGGGCCUUGGCCUUUCCCGCCUCGCGUGCGCGGCGCCAUGUUUCUCCGACGCCGUCCCUGUGGCGCAGCGGAAGAACAUCUUCUUUGAUGGCCAAGAAAUGCCCGUGGGCCUUUGGAAGUGGCCUGGUAGCAAGUCCAGGGUGGACAGCUGCCAAAUAUAA